GGUGCGUGCGUGCCGAAUGCAAUGCAAUGCCCGCCGCUUCUCAUUUCCGGCAAGGCUCGGUAGCGUAGCCAGCAGCUGCUCCUGUUGCUGUGCGUGCAGUUGAAUGUCUGGCACACAUUGUGACCUGCGCCAGCUGGAUAUGCGCUGGACCGCUGAACAGGCAGGCGGGCGCCCUCGACCGGGAUGAACACGUUGCGGCGUUACUCGGCCGUCGGCGUUCCGACAUCGAGUACGUAAUAAUCACUCUGCAGCCAGAGGUUUCUGCAUGCAGUAUAUCGAUCAUUGAUUUACCCAUUUGCAAGAGACAGAGUUCAACUUGGCACAACGCGGAAGCGCCGGUACCGACGGACACGGGCAGGACACGAAGAUGGGGCGUCGCCGUGAGGCUUGCGCCCUAGUUAAAGAGGCAUGUAGCGACACACGGUAAUAUCUUCCAAUCUGAGCUAGAAUACAAAGAGUACCACGCUCGUAAGCGCUGAUUCUACUACACUUUCUAAAAUUUGGCUGUCGACACGCGAUUCUUAGUUCGAGCCGCAGCUUCCAGCCUUGGCCAGGAUGCGUCUUCUAUCAACGCUCCUCGUGGUAUGCCUAGUAUUGAAACUUGCAGCAGCUGCCAAGGAUGCAAAGGGGUGGGGAGGACUCCCUGAACGGCUGCUUGACUCAGCCAUGGUCAUGCACCACGAGGCUGACAAGCAGUUUGAGGAGGACGCCACACCCUGGGUGCAGCAGGUCGGCCUGCACCCCCGCGCCUACUACUUCCACAACUUUCUCACCAAGGCAGAGCGUGCGCACCUGGUCAGGGUUGCGGCGCCCAAGCUGAAGCGUUCGACAGUGGUUGGCGGCAAGGGCGAGGGUGUUGUCGACGACAUCCGCACUAGCUAUGGCAUGUUCAUUCGCCGGUUGUCGGAUCCCGUCGUCACCCGCAUUGAGAAGCGUAUCUCGUUGUGGACCCACCUGCCCGUCGAGCAUCAGGAGGACAUUCAGAUUCUGCGCUACGCGCACGGCCAGACCUACGGAGCCCACUACGACUCCGGGGCCUCGAGCGACCACGUGGGCCCAAAGUGGCGCCUGGCCACCUUCCUCAUGUACCUGUCUGACGUGGAGGAGGGCGGCGAGACUGCUUUCCCGCACAACUCCGUCUGGGCGGACCCCUCAAUUCCUGAGCAGGUUGGCGACAAGUUCUCUGACUGCGCCAAGGGCCAUGUGGCUGCCAAGCCCAAGGCCGGCGAUGCCGUGCUUUUCUACUCUUUCUACCCAAACAACACCAUGGACCCUGCGUCCAUGCACACCGGCUGCCCGGUGAUCAAGGGCGUGAAGUGGGCUGCGCCCGUGUGGAUGCACGACAUUCCUUUCAGGCCCGAGGAGAUUAGCGGUAUGACGCAGCACAACAUGGACCGUGACCCUGACGCCGGCACCUGCACGGACCUACACGCUCGCUGCACCGAGUGGGCGGCCGCCGGCGAGUGCGAGAACAACAAGGCGUACAUGUGCGGCGGCAGCAACAACCUGGGCGCGUGCCGCAAGUCGUGCAAAGUGUGCGAGUCGUGCCGCUCUGGGGAUAUGGAGUGCAUCAAUCGCAACCGCGUGCGCGGCGGCUACUGGAAGCUCGAUAAGGACGAGCUGGAGUGGCUGGGCGCUGGUGACCUGUGGAAGGCCGACAUGUCGCCGGAGCUCUAAAUAGGCGGCAGGACAAGCCGCGUUAGCGCUCGCACCAGGAGCUAAUAGCAAAUUAGGCAGAUGGGCGGACCGGCGUGUGUCGGGUCACAUACAACCUGGGCCGCCAGUGGUGCUUAUGUUCGGCGGGUCAAAGGUAACCUGGCGCAGGAAGCAGGCGCUCGUAUCCGGCGGGCCUCGCGCUGCAUGCAGCAAGCGUGGCUGGCUGGCCAGGUGCAUGCAGCUGGGGAAACUGCUUGACACGCGACAACCAACACUAGGUUCUAUAUUCAGUAUUGCUUAUUUUUGGCCUGCUGCGACGUAAUUAUGGCCCCCGGGAUGCAUGCUUCGCGCCCCGGGGGUGGAAUACUGUGAGCGGUGUGGCGGUGUGCCAUGUGUGAGUGAGCUCCGCUUGGGGUGCGCGCAUAUUGGGCGCGCAAGCGCGCCACUCGGCUGGCACAGUGCGCAACCAGCUAUAAGAAAGAAGCCCAUGUGGCAUAUGUUCUAGCCUGAUGUAUGUGAUUGUCGCAUUAACACAAGGGAUGCUGCAUCGGUUGGCAUUCGUGCGGUUUUCGCCCGGUACGGGCAGACCGGGACUUGGGACGUUUUGCGGCCAAGCGGCUGAAAGGCUUUGCGAGGCGGUGUGAUUCUGUCGAGAUGGGAUCCAUGGCGGCCGGUCUGUCAUGCUGGUCGAUCUGGAGUCACUGAGGGUUUCGCCACGGUACCGGUAUGACACGUGAUUGAUGAUGAGGCUGAACGAAACACGCAUUGGUUGGCUUCAGGCUGUUGUGGGCGACUGGGCGUGACCUGGCGGCAAGCACAUCGCUUUGGACACGCUGCCUGGGUAGUGGACAGUCUAAGCAUGCUGUGUGCUGUAAUACUGCUGAUCA